AUGUCUUCCAGCAUUGUCUUUGUACUGCUAUUGACUGCUUUCGGCGUUGCGACGAGUUUUAGUUUCGGAUUCGAGUAAGUUGAGCACUGGCAUAAUUUUUAUUUGACAAAUCUUUAGUUUCAACGAUGACGUUGACAGCGUAAGAGUCCUCACUAUUGACAUAGCUUCGCCAACAUCCUUUGUGCUUGAUGCUAAGAAAUUCGCGGACGACGCCGGUAUCGGAAACACGUUUUACACAGAGACUGCAAAAAACUUCAAACGAUAUUCCUCCUUUUAUGCUGUUAAUUACAAGAAUGGCAAGCAAAAGGCAAAGGUCACAGGGAUUCUGGGACAGGAUGGCCUUAUGAUUGCUGGUAUAACGCCACUGAACGCAACAUUUGCGGUCGCCAACAAAAUCGAAGGGGAUUUUAACCCGGCAAAGAAUGCAGAGAAUCUCUGGGCGGCUGGCCGAGUGGGCUUGGCGAGAAGCAAUGAUAGGACCAAUCUCGGAAGUGAACUGCUUAAAGCAGCGCCGUACAAGGUGUUUUGUGGACAAGCGUGGCUGGGGAAGGAUGGGUAAGGGCUUCGAUUAGAUUAUUGUACUGAAAAAACAACCAACAAGUGUGACGCUUUGAUGAAAUUUAGAGAAAUGUCUGACCUGGUCCGUUCAAAAUGCAUGCAAAAUUUGCAGCUUGCGUGUUGUAGAAACCAAUAGGGCGUUUAGGGAGAAUUAAAAGCAAAAAUUUCUUUAUGCCCAAAAUUAAACGGGGGUAAAUUUUAGACGAAUGGGGAAAAAAGACGGCUGUUUGAAACCGGAAAGAGAAUAUUCGUCUCAUGGAAUCGUAUCACAUAAAUUAUACCCUUUAAUUUGAAACUGGGACGAUUGGGGAAACCAAAAAGUAUUAUUUUUCUUCGAUGCAAGUGUGUAAAUUAGGAUAACCGAAGGUGCCGAUUUCGGAAAUGACAUUCAUUUUUUGAUAGUUACUUUUUUCCUUAAGUAGUACUGGAAAGUAGUAAUUUUUUCAUGAAUACAUGAAUUGAGGGUUUUCGAUGGUGCCGCUUUCAGAUGAGGAAAAAUAAACAAGAUUUUCGAAAUCAGCAAGGUCUUCCUGAUUUGAAAGCAGCACGAUCGAAAACCCCCAAAUCGAGUAUUCAUGAAAAAAUCAAAAAAUUACUACUUUACAGUACUACUUAAGGAAAAAAGUAAAAAUCAAAAAAAUCUAUGUCAUUUUUGGAAUCGGCACCCUCGAUUAUCCUAGUUUCGACACUUGCAUCGAAGAAAAAUAAUACUUUUCGGUUUCCCUAAUCGUACUUUUCCUCAAUCGUCUUUUUCCCCAAUCAUCACAGUUCCAAAUUAAAGGGUAUAAUUUUUAUGAUACGAGAUCCAUGAGACGAAUAUUCUCUUUCCGGUUUCAAACAGGCAACUUAUAGAUUGUGAACAACAGGUUUGGUAUGAAAGGUUGUCUAAUCAUGAAAGGCUUUCCAAAUCUUCAUACCAUACCUCCCUUCUAAUCUAAAGAGUUCUCCCAAGACACGCUUUUUUCAGUGUUGAAACACUGACAGUGAUCGGCGGAGAUCCAGACAAAACUCCCACCUAUUCUAUUGCCAAAGUUGUGGCCAAAGAACCCACCCUGUGGAAGGUCCCGAUGUCUCGUUUUACAUUAGACGAGAAAACAUAUGACCUCGAGCAAACUGUUACCAUCUCCACCACCACUGACAGUCUGUUGGUCCCUCCUCUGUACUUGGCGCCGAUUAUGGCCGCGUUGAAUGCGACGAAAGUGGGUGAGGGCUACUCUGUUGACUGUGGCAAGAAUUAUAACUUGUCGUUUACGACUAAUGGAAGUGCUGUACCAAUUAAUUUCCCCACUCUGCUACGAAGAGAGGGCGGGAAUUGCUUUUUAAAAAUCGAGGCCAACGGUGAGAACAACUUUGUCUUUGGUAUUCCAUUUUUCGUCGACAAAUUGGUUUGUCUAUACUACGAAAGGGACGAGGUUGUCUUCCAUCACCCUCAUAAGAUCCCAGACGAUGCAAAAUCUUCAUUCCACAUUGCAAAUCACAGGAUGACCCCGGAAUUUAUGAUAAAAUCUUAG